AUGGGGAUAGAGUUCCACGUCAGCUUACGUCUCCCAAUUUCGACUGCACGGAUCCGCUUCAAAGAGGCAGCUGCAGUGGAGAAUCAUGUUAAGCCCGGCUACCGCGGCGAGCCCCAGGUAGCCCAGGAUGGAUUUGAGGAGCGCGGUCCCUGCUCCCCGAACAUGUAUCUGCCCAGUUGCACCUACUACGUGUCGGCCCAGACUUCUCCAGCCUCCCUUCCUUCCUGGCCCCAGACCCCCUCUUCGCGCCCCGUGACAUACUCCUACUCGUCCAACCUGCCCCCGGUCCAGCCCGUGCGCGAGGUGACCUUCCGGGAGUAUGCCCUGGAGCCGGCCCGCCAAGUGGCACGCCCGCGGCAACCUGCGCACUGCUACUCGGCCGACGAGCUGGUGCACAGAGACUGCCUGCAGGCGCCCAGCGCGCCCGGCGUGCCCGGCGACGUGCUGGCCAAGAGCUCGGCCAACGUCAACCACCACCCCACCCCCGCCGUCUCCUCCAAUUUCUAUAGCACGGUGGGCCGCAACGGCGUGCUGCCGCAGGCCUUCGACCAGUUUUUCGACACGGCCUACGGCGCCCCCGACAGCCUCGCCGCCCCCGACUACCCGGCGGACAAGAGCGCCGACAAAGGGGGCCCGCGGCGUGCCCUCCGCGGCCGCGGGGCCACGGGCGCGCCGGCAACUUCAAGUUCGGACGGCGGCUGCCGGGAGGCGGCGGCGGCGGCGGCGGCGGCCGAGGAGAAGAGCGGCGGCGGCGCCCCGAAAGCAGCAAGCAGCCCCGAGUCCAGUUCGGGCCACACUGAGGACAAGGCCGGCGGCUCCAGUGGCCAACGCACCAGGAAAAAGCGAUGCCCCUAUACCAAGUACCAGAUCCGGGAGCUGGAGCGGGAAUUCUUCUUCAGCGUGUACAUCAACAAAGAGAAGCGUCUGCAGCUGUCUCGAAUGCUCAACCUCACCGACCGGCAAGUCAAAAUCUGGUUUCAGAAUCGAAGGAUGAAGGAAAAAAAGAUUAACAGAGACCGUUUACAGUACUACUCGGCCAACCCGCUCCUCUAA